AUACCCCUCCAAAAUUUUCACCAACAUUUUCCCAACUCACAAGUCACACCUUCCAAAUAUUUAUAAAUUAAAAAGAUUAAAUAUCAUCAUUGUCUCUCUUAACAAACAUAACCCCAUGUGAAUCAAUGAAAUAUAAAAUAAAAUUAAUUUAAAAAUUCUUAUUAAAAAAUUAAUUAAAAACAAAAACCCAAAAUUCCCACCUCUAUAAAAAGCUCAAAACCCAAAAACCAACAUCUUUUUAUACCAUUACUAUUAUACUACUACUACUACCCACUUCACUCUCAAAUGAAGAAGAAUAAAAUGAAGAUUAAUAAAACUCUUCAUUUAUUCUUCUUCUUAACUAUUUCUCUGUUUUCCUCUGUUUUUCAACAAAGUUUUGCACUUUAUCAUCACAAUCCACAAAAACCUCACCAUUCUAACAAAAAAGGUUCCCAUUUAAGAGGAAGACAGCAAAUGGGUAGUUGUAAUUUGUUCCAAGGAAAAUGGGUUUUCAACAUUAAUGGUGGUUCUUCACCUCUUUAUAAUUUCUCUACUUGCCCUUUUAUUAACCCUGAAUUUGACUGUCUUAAAUAUGGUCGACCUGAUAAGGUGUACCUCCAGUAUGCCUGGAGCCCCGACGAUUGCUCGCUCCCGAGAUUCGAUGGGGUGGAAUUUUUGACGAGAUUUAGAGGGAAGACUAUAAUGUUUGUGGGUGACUCACUGAGUUUGAAUCAAUGGAACUCGUUAACUUGUAUGGUUCAUGCGUCGGCGCCUCAAGUUAAGUAUACAAUGGGGAAGAAAGGCGCUAUUUACUCUGUCAAUUUUGAGGAAUAUGGGGUGAGUGUGCAACUCUACCAUACGACUUACAUAGUAGACAUAAUUAAAGAGCCAAUUGGACGAGUUCUCAAGUUAGACUCCAUCGAAGGAGGUAGUGUUUGGAAAAACAUGGAUGUACUCAUCUUCAAUACAUGGCAUUGGUGGCUUCACACCGGAGCAUCACAAGGAUGGGAUUACAUACAAGAUGGGCCCAAAGUUGUUAAGGAUAUGGACCGGUUAACCGCCUUCAAUAAAGGGUUAACCACAUGGGCUAGAUGGGUUGAUAACAAUGUUGAUCCAUCCAAAACCAAAGUCUUCUUCCAGGGCAUUUCUCCUACCCAUUAUGAUCCCAGAGAAUGGCAUGGGGCCUCAAAGAGCUGCAGUGGGGAGGCAGAACCUCUAUCAGGUUCAAUAUACCCUGGAGGCUCACCUCCAGCAGCAGACAUAGUGAGGAAAGUUAUCAGCACAAUGAAGAAACCAGCUUUCCUGCUUGACAUAACAACGUUAUCACAGUUGAGGAAAGAUGCUCAUCCAGAAGCCUACAGCGGCGAUCACAGUGGCAUAGACUGCAGCCACUGGUGCCUCCCUGGAUUGCCAGACACUUGGAAUGAGCUUUUAUAUGCCGCUCUACUCAUGUGAAUUUCCACCCCAGACUCUGAACAAAGUCUUUUUGUUCUUUCUUUAGGUUGCAAUUUAUGUUGAUUUAUCAAAUCAUUAAGAUGGUAGAAAGGUAAAGGGAAAAUAUAGAAAGAAAAAAGAUAUUAUUGAUGCUUCAUGUUGUCAUCAUAGAAAAUAAGGAGUUCAUAGGCGUGUCUUAGUAAAAAUUGUUUUUUAGCUUGAUAUGUUGCUCUCGAAGGAUGAGUGACUAUAUUAUGUCCAUAUUGAUGUACGCUGUAUGUUCCAAAGGUCCAAUACAGAAAAUAUCUCAUUUGAAUCCUGCUCUAUUGUCAGAAA